UAUCUGAAGAUGCCACAAAAACUGAGACUAACCCUGACUAACCUAACUUUAUCUUACAAGUGCAACUUGUUUAUUUACCUAUAUAAUUAAUACACCUACAAAAAUACCAACAAUAUAUACAGAUGGAUGAAAACAGCUUAUUACAAAAUGUUCCUCAGCUUGUGGAAGAUGUUGAAGAAGAUUGUGAUAAUUCUAGCGCUUCAGAUGCAGAUGAGCCAGAUGUGUCCAAACCGAAAAAAAAUACCUCAAAACUUUCCGUUCAUCUGAGGGGCCUUAUGGGCGAAGCUAAUUUGAGAUUUGCCAGAGGAGAAGUGGAAUUAGCUAAGAAAAUGUGUUUUGAAGUUAUCAGACAGUCUCCUGAAGCCUUUGAGCCAUACUUAACUUUAGCACAAAUGUACGAAAAUCAGAACAUUAAAAAAUAUCGAGGAUUUCUAAUGCUUGCUGGUCAUUUACAACCAUCAAAUGCUGAUAUUUGGAUCCGCUUGGCUGAUGUCGAAUUUCAGGAGAAUAAAAUAUCCGCAGCAGUUAGUUGUUAUAACAAGGCGAUUAGGGCCGAACCCAGAAAUAUUGAUUUACAUAUGAAAAGAUUGACUUUGGUACAAGAAAAAGUUCCAACUAGAUCAAAAAGCAUUCCUCUCUUAAAACUGAACAUGGCCAAAGCUCUACCUAAAAGCAAACAUGCUCAAAUAUUGCAGAUUUGUACUGAAGUAGCCAACGACUACUUUAAAGUUAAAAAUUACCCCAAAGCGAUUGAAGCUUUGCAAAUAUGCACUAGACGGAUACCAAACAACACCACUGAAGAUGUGCUGAAUAUGAUGUUGGAAUUAUUGCUCUUAAGCGAAAGAUAUUCAGAAUGUCUGGAUAUAUUCAAUCAGUUCUGUGGCUUUCAGUUUGAUAUAACUCUAGGUGAAGGAACAUCUAUCACUAUCAAUUCCUUUGUCAUUCCUGCAAAUUUACAUCUUGAUAUCAUCACAAAAUUCAUUGUGUGUCUCAUCGGACUGCAGUCCUAUCAUUUAGCAGAAGGACUUUUAAAGGAAAUGCUAGAAAAAGAUGAUAUGGAAGUGAACGGCAUGCUCUACUUUGAUAUAGCUGAAGCACUGAUGUCUUCAAUGUAUUAUAAGGAGGCCUUAACUAUACUAAUUCCUUUAGUCAAAACGAAAUCAUUUUCGUUGGCAGCCAUUUGGUUAAAACAUGCUGAAUGUUUGACGCACUUGAAUUUAUUUGAUCAGGCCAUUGAAGCGUAUUCCUCUGUGAUAAAAUUAGCUCCUAAUCAUGUAGAUGUUCUGUAUCCUUUAGCUAUGUUGUUAUUAAAGCAAGACAGGAAACAGGAGGCAUUGGAAGUUUUGUCACAAGAUCUAAGUUCAGGAAAGUUACAUGUCGCUGUUCUGAUCGAGCAAAUGAAAUUGCUGAAGCAAAUAGGAGAUCUAGAAAAUUAUUGGAAAUGUUGUGAGCUACUUCUCUCUAGGCAUUGCAUAGUCUAUAAACAUUACUCCGAGCUUCGAAUUGGCUUAUUAUCAAGAGCCUCAGUUCUUGCAAAGAAACAAAAGAUUGCACGAAUGAGGAUGGUUCAAAAAGAUUAUGACGCCUUAGAAUUAAAUUUGGAAAAUAUAUUUGAACCAUCGGUUGAAGAUGAAUAUAAGUUAUACUUAAAUAUUCUUCAAUUUGCGUUUGAAAAUAGGGAAUAUACACAGCUUCAAAAAUUUGCUUUCAUGGGACUUGCAUCCAAGCGCUUUCAGUCAUAUUUUCAUCAGAUAUUCCUUAUAGCCUGCUACGCAUGUAUUUUCAGCAAAGAUUUUUACCAUGGCUAUAUAAUUGCCAAGGAUUUGCUCGUACAUAAUCCUAACAACAAUAAUGCUUGGAAUUUAUAUUCCAUAAUAGUUAGCAAAUCGGACGAAGAAACUAAAAUGGGCAGACUCUUUGAUUCGCCAUCAUUAAAAGGGAAGUUGCCAAUGAAUCUUGCAGAACUAGUUAAAGCAAACCAUUGUUGCGCAGUGGCGCACUAUGCCGACUGCUUAAACUAUUUUUUAAAAGAAUACAAAAACACUCAAUCCUCAUAUUCUGCAUUCAUGAUAGGAUUAACAAUGUUGCAACAAUACUGCCAGAGGAAGAAGAACACUAUUCAGAAGAAAUCGAUGGUGGAAACUGUAACGUAUCUAUUUUUUAAUUAUGCAAACAAUCGCAGCAAAUAUGCCCAACAAGAAGUUUACUACAAUUUAGGAAGAAUGUACCAACAAAUUAGAGUUUUUUAUUUGGCUGAGCAUUUUUAUAAGCUGGUAUUUCAAGUCCAAAACGAAUUUGUCGAUGCCCAUCCAGACUAUUUAGAUCUCAAAAAGGAAGCCGCUUAUAAUCUUCACUUAAUUUAUAAAACAUCAGGAAACUUAGCGGCUGCUCGGCAAGUAUUGUGGAAGUAUAUUGUAAUAGAAUAAGUUUAACUAAUACAACCCUUAUAAACUGUA